CUGGAGUGGACGUGUAGAGUCGCUUGUUGUCGUCGCCGUAUCGGGCCCAUGUGUGAAAUUUCGGCAUGUUGAUGUCGUGAAUUGACAAGAUGGACUUUCAGAGUGCUAUGGAGACGUUCGCUGAGGCAUGGGCUGCGGCCAACACGGCCAAGUCGGAGGCCCCGAGCGAUCUUUCACAGACCCUGGCAACAGAGCUGAGGCGUAGCAAGACUCCCCCGCGCCGGUCGCCGGAGGAGCGUGCGCUUCCCCGCCCGCCCUCCGCCCCCGCACACCACGACCGACUGCCGCACACGCCGCACGCUCCGCACACUCCGCACACUCCGCAUACCCCGCACCUGUCGCCCAAGAAAGAAGCUUUCAACAACUUGCUCAAUAAAAGCAUAUCGGGUAAAACCCUGCCAGUACACUGCGUGGUAGAAGCAGUUGCGUCAAUCGAAGAAGGUGCGUGGAGAAGACGAGCAGUAGUCGAAACUGACAGCUACGUCAUCAUCCCUGCUGCAACCGCCUUCCAUGAACUAGUGCCAGCUGCUAUGAUGAGGCUGGGGUAUCCUCAUGAGCUGGCUGCUUCUGCCAAAGGUUCAGUGGUAAUAAACAAUUGGAAACCACUACCUUUCGAGCGAAUAUCCGAUGGUCCGUUGGCAACCGUGGGUGAAGUCCUGGGGGAGCUGACGACCGUGGCUACGUUGAGGAUCCAGCUGCUAAGACCCAGGCUCACUCCUCUGCAAGACAUUAAAGACAAACUGUUGAGGCUUCUUCUAGUGCAGAGCAGGCCGCUGUUGAUGUCUACCGGAUGCCCUUUGGAUGAGGUAAUUAAUGUGACGUUAGCUCAGAUUUGUCGGGGACAAGAUAGAACUCCGGGUCCUCACAACUUUCAUGAACCGACGGAGGAAACUCGCCGCAAGUUUGAGUCCUGGUGGAGUGCCCAAGUUUCGCCGAGACCUCCUCCGCCUUUCAGCCCGCGACGCUACCCGUCACCUAGUCCAAAAAAUCGUUCACCCACUCUGAAUCCACUACCAGACCAUUUGCAUCCGGCGCUACAAACUGUACAAAGCCAAUAUCCUACUCAAAAAACACGCAUGCGGACUAGUUUCGAUCCUGAGCUAGAGCUACCAAAGUUACAACGUUGGUUUUCUGAAAAUCAGCAUCCAAGUAGACAGCAAAUCCAACAGUACGUCCGAGAAUUAAAUAAUUUAGAGUCAAGACGAGGGCGAAAACCCUUAGAUGUGAACAAUGUUGUUUAUUGGUUUAAAAAUGCGAGAGCAGCACAGAAGCGAGCUGAACUGCGUAAUAUUGGUGGUUUAGGAGCUCAUCUUGGAGUCAAUGGUUUCAACAGUAGAAGUCAUAGUCCAACCAAUGGUUCACUUUUGGCUGGCAAUGACAACUAUAAUUCCCAUGACCAUCACUCAAUGAAAAGUCCCAUGCAGCUCUCAGGAAGUCCUGGCAGAUAUCCAAUGUCAGUAAUGUCUGAAGACAACCUGUCAAAUGCUGGUUCGGAUUUGGAAGACGACGGUGGAGAUAUUAAUCCAGAUGAUAGACCUGAAAGUCCAGAUGCACCGCUUUCUCUCAUAACGACAAGGAAAAAUAAUAAUGAACAGGAAAGAGACGAAAAUGUGAAAGAAUCUCCCAAGCCACCUGAUAUAAUAAAGGUUCAUGACAUCAAACAAGAACCAAGAGAUUUGACCAAAUCUGAGCAAAUGCCCUCACCACAUCGAUCUCCAGCAAAGAAUAGUGAUAGUUCACAUAAUAACAAUAACAACAACACUGAAGAAGAGAACGGAGGUGGAGAUGAUCACGAUAUACCUUCUGAUGACGAAAUGGUUCAAGAGCGUCACUAUAGACCAUCUUCUCCACACCUUGACCGGUUACCAUUUCCAAUGGUACCGAAUCACCCGAUGUUUGGCCAUGGUAUUAUGUACAUGAGCCAGUAUAUGAGCGCAUUUCCUGGAGUAGGGCCUGUUCCUGGAGAAGGCGCCAGUGGACUGAAUUUAGCACUCGCCGGAGCCUCUGAUGAACGACGCAAACGCAACCGCACGUUCAUAGAUCCAGUCUCUGAAGUACCAGUCUUAGAACAAUGGUUUUCAAUGAACACCCACCCAUCGCACAAUCUAAUACUCAAAUAUACAGAAGAGUUGAACAGGAUGCCAUACCGGCAGAAGUUUCCGCGUCUCGAGUCAAAAAACGUGCAAUUCUGGUUCAAAAAUCGUCGAGCCAAAUGUAAGAGGUUAAAGAUGUCUUUGUAUGAACCUACCUCCCCCGGUCAUUACUCGCAUCCUGGACAUCCGCAUGCCAUCGAGAGGAAAAUGGUUUGAAUGUAUUAUAAUAGUAAAACAGCAUUCUUGUAAAUAAUAAAAAAUUGAUUAGAAAUGAUAAUUUGUGAUUAGAGAUUUGUCUUCGUGAAGUCAGAAUAUUUAAUACGAAAGACUGAAUAUGAAUCGUUAAUGGUAUAUAGUGCCAUGUAGUGUUAAAUAUGGCGGCAAAGUGGCGUCGAUUAGGGCUUUUAGAAAGGUAUAAAUAAUUUCGUAUAGUAUAAGUUUUGAAUUAAAGAUAUUUUGAAGCAGUAUAAAAUAACAAUAAGUUUCUAUUAUAACUGUAUCAUUGCUUCAAAUUGCUUCAAAUAGACAUGUCACAAUAUAGUAGAAGAAUCUCAAAAUGUACUAUUUAGUACUUCUGUUUUGUACAUUAUUAGUAUUAGUUUUAUUUAUUAAUGUAGUUUUAUCGAAUUAUUGUAAAUUAUAGCGAAAUAUAAUAAAUGGAAAACUAACCAAAGUUUCCAUUUGUGUUAAAUUUAUGCUAAGACCUGUAUAAUAAAGACGUAGAUUUUUAGGAAUUCGAUCAUUGUUAUAAAUGUAAAUCAGGUUUAAAUAAUAAUGAGUCAUUAAUAAAAGAUUAGAAUAAAAAAACUAUAUUGCACAUAAUAAUUAUUAUGAUAUUGGAAUAAAAAUUACUCCCUAUUCUUAGAAGGCCUAAAUAGUUCGGCUUGUCUAUGUAUCUAGAUGUUGUAUCAAAUAAGUGAUAUUAUUUACUAUAAAGAUUACGCACAUUCCUUCACCUUUGCUAGUUAGGUAUUAGGUACUCAAUCCAAAGAUUGAUCAUAAAAAUAGGUUAUUACACAAAUAAUAAAGUUCGAUAACUGAUUUCCGUUAGCAAUGUAUCGCAAGUAAUUGAAAAUUAGGUUGAACAACAAAAAAAAAUUGCAUCAUGAUUGUCAAUUUGUAUUUUUUUUUUGCCAAAUAUACGCAAAACAUACAAACUGUGUAUCGGCGUAUGAGGUCAAAAUACUUGUGCUAUAUUGCUUAGUGGAACCAGAAUAUUAUUUUUUGUAUAUAAAGUACGCUGUUACAGUAUUUACGCAUUUAUACAUAUGGAGGCUGUUUUUUUCAUACGGUUUCUUAUACUCGUAUUGUUUUAUAGUUUUUAGACACAUCACUAGUGGUAACCGCUAUCAAAUUGUUUUGUUAUAACAAAUGUUAUGCUUGUUUUGUGAAGCUGUGAUGAUAUUUCCAAAUACUGUAAAUAUUUUAUUAAUGUUAAAUAAGGUUUUUAUUAAAACUACGUCACUAGGCUCACAAGUGGUUUAAGCAUUUACUGCUUGGAUAUUGAAAAUAACAGGGAAUAUGCAUGUGCUUUAAAUUGGGUUCGAAUAUUUUUUCGUAAAUAUAUCGACAGAAAAUUAUAUUAUUUUGUAAACAUUCAAAUUUUUUAUUUAAAUACUAAUUUAUAAUUCGAUAAAUAAGUCCAAAUUUUAACAAUGUAUCCGAAUCUGUUUUGAAGCAGUUUUAAAUAAUUGUUUUUUACAAAUUUUCAUGAGUAUUUUCAUGAGUGACUUAUUUUUUAUUUCGUCAUAGGACGAUGUAGAUAUAAUGAAAGAAAAUACACAAUACAUGCAUAUACCCUAUUGGCUAAAUGUUUUAUUCCAUUCAAUUAAUAAACGAAAAUUUAAUGAAUAUAGUACG